AUGGCCCUGUUUUGGGAUGUCCUCGAAGUGCUCGCGGGCUAUGUCGUGACCGCGCACGACCCAAAGAUCGCCGUGGCGGUGGUGGUGAUGAUCGCCUCUACGUGGCUGUGGCUGUGGUGUCGUCGCCGACCUGGAGCACCAACCAGGGCGGAACAAGCCCACAUGGCCAUCCUGCAAGAGCUGCUGGGGCUCAUGGUGGAAGUCCGCCUACAGGUUGCAUGCGAGCAUGAGGCCACGCGUGAUAUGAUGGGCUUCGGUGACCUGCAAGCGAGAAUUCAGGCCGUGAUCAACAAAGUCAUGGCCAACGGGCUCAUGACGGAGAAGAUGGCCGCCAGGUUGGAGGCGGUGCAUGCGGGGCUGACCAAGACCUCGAUGAACCACCAUAAAGAACUGGUGGAGGCCAUCGACCUCUACUUGCAGGAGCUGAAGAAGGACGUGAACAACCAGACGGAGUCCACGGCCAAGACGCUACUGGGCGAGAUCGCGAAGGGCGUCGCCAACAAGCUUGAAAAGCUGGGGGACAAAGUCCGGGGCGACAUCCAGACUUGCGUCUCGGAGUGUAUUGUGAUUCACAGUGUGGACCAGGUCCGACAGGCCGUGGAAGCAAUCGCUACGGCAAGCUCGGGAGACGGGGGCAGCUCGCCCACUCCUCCGGGAGGACAAGGCCAAGCACAGGGCCAGCCGCAAGGCACAUGGACACCGCCUCCCCAGCCUUCGCCUCCGGACCAGCAAGGCCCAACUUUGUUGCACCUGGACUCGCAGCUCCCAAUGUCGAUGCCGAGACAAAUGCCGGCCUUGACGCCGGUGACUCUGCCGGAUGGCAGAGUCUUGUGCAUUCCCAGAAGCGUUAUCGCGCAACUUGUGGGGGGCGGCGUGUAA